AGUAGACUCACACAUGUCAAAUACAAACUUAACCUCAAUAAUAAAUAAAUUAUAAAACUCUAAUUAUUAAGAUAUAUUAAGAUAGUUUUAAAAUGCAAACGGCGGAAGGUUAUUUCGAUUAUUGUAUAUCAGAAGCGUGUGUUAUAGAUGAAGAUUUUGUAGUAACUGCUAAAAAACUUGACGAAUGGGGAUAUCGAACUAUUGCAAUUAAUCAAAUAUUGCAUGAGUCUAAUCAAGAGCCAAGGAAGAAAAAGAAAAAGGGGGAGCCUAGAGAUAAUUUAGAUAUUGUACCUGUUCCGGUGGAUGUAAAAAAGUUUGAGAAUAAUACGAAGCUAAAAAUUUUGAAUAGGCUCACCAUAUCCUUUUCGAAUUCCGAUAUAUUUAAUAAAAUUACAAAAUCUCCGAAUUAUAAACUCUACCACAUCAUCGCUGUAAUACCUUUAACACAAGCAGCACUACAUGUAAGAAAUUUAUGCAUAAAUCUGUACCUGAGAGCUAAAGGGAUAUACAGUUGUUCACAAAAUUGAAUAUACAGGGGAAUGGAAGAUAGAUAAUUGUGAAUAUUUCAAAUAAUUAUUAAUUUAUUUUAAAAUUUGUGAUAUACAGGGUGGUUCAGUUUUUAAUCGGGAAACUUUACUAGGACAUACCGUCUUUUUCCGAAAAUACGCGCUAGGGCUUAUUUUCGGGGGAGCGCAAAAAUAAAAGUAUAUUUUAUAUAUUUUUAUUUAGGGAGUGCCUCUGCUGCCGGCGCCGCACAGAAGCGAAUUAGUUAAAAAUGUUGGCCAAAGAGAUAUUUUUGUCUGAUUACUCUAAAAUUGGUGGAAAUUAAAAAAUAUCUAUACAAUUAACAAAAAUUAAGUAUUUUAUGAUAUAUGAUAUAUAUUAUAGUGAAAGCUGUAGUACGCGGACGCUCUAACAACCUAACAUUUCUUAUAACCGGACAAAUACCUUGGACCGAAUCCCGAAUUUCUCUUUGUUUAGGCACUCUCUUAUGCAGACAUUUCCGAUAUCGGAAGCGGUAGUGUCCGCUUGUUAGAGCAUUCCACUGCAUUCCAUUCUUUUUCGUCUUUUAACGCGCUGUCGAAUAAAAAUAAAUAAUGAUAACAAAUUUACUCCUAUACAGGGUGUUCCGGUGACUCGG